UGUCAACAGUUUCUCAAAGUUGGUCCAAAAUGACUUGAAGUUUGACCUGAUGUGUUGAAAUUUGUCUAAAGUGGCUCCAGAUUUGUUUAAAAUGACUCAAACCUUGUGCAAAACAACAUAAAUGUGUCCAAAAUAGUCUCAAACUGCCCAUGCUUACUUAGAAUUUAUCCAUUAAAAGUUAAAAUGGUCAAAAACCGACUACAAAUCUGAAUAAAUUACUUGAAAUUCAUCUAAAAUAUCUCAAAAUUUGUCCAAACUGGCUUAAAUUUAUCCAUAUUUGUGGAUAUUUAUCAAAAAAAAAGGCUCUGAAUUGUUUGAAUGUGAUCUGGAAUAAGUUAGAAAUUGCCUAGAAGAACUCAAAAUUUGUUCUUAUUUGUUGAAAUUUGUCCAAAAUGACACAAAAUCUGACAUCAGCAUCUUAUUUUGGCUUCAACAGACCAAUAAGAGGAUUUUAAACGCUAUUUAAAGAUGAUUAAAGUCACUAUCUUCAAAGAAGAGACUUGAAAACUGAUGUUGUGGUGAAAAGAGAGUUAUUAGAUUUCAGAUAAUCACAGCAGAGAUCGUAUGCAUCACGUUAACCACGAAAAAAAACAAAGACAUUAGCCUGUAAUCAUCUUGAAUAUUAAAUAUCAGCCUGACUGAAUUAUGAGCUGCAAACAUAUCUGUGGUCAGUUAUCGUGUUAGAAGAAGAAAAAAGCUUCACAAAGACAUUUUAGUUUUACCCACAAACACUCGUCUGUCGCUGAUAAACUGCAGUUAAACCGUCAGCUGCAGACAUUUCUGUUGACUCACUUCACCUGCAGCGCUGCCGGACAGGUAGAACAGGUGAGGAGGUGUCGGGUUUCACCGGCUGCUGCCCGCUGAGUCGAGACAGAAAGACUCAAAAAGCAGCAUUUCCUCUGUAAACACGCUGGAAUUCUAACAACUGAGCAGCAGAACGAGCAGGUAAGAGUUUUAUUUUACCUGAAAAAGUGGAUUUAAACCUUUAAAGCAGCUGUUUAGUGUGUAAGAGGCGUGUUUGAACGCAGGACAGGUGUGGCACCUGGAGAGAAAACAAAGUGGAAAACAAGCUGUUAUGUUUUACUUCGGUUCAGAGGAGGAACUUUACUGAGCUGUGGAGUGGAGUGGAUUUUACAGAACAGAAAAACAGUGAGUACAGACCUGUGGAAGAUUCUAAAGUGUUUCAGUCUGAACACUCACAAACAAAUCCUUUAUAAGACGAUAUUAAAGAUUCAAGCCCUAAAGAUAGAAACUCAAACUGUUUGUUGUCCAACAGGAUUCAAACUUUUCCAAAAUUACCUAAAAAUUGACGAAAAUGAGUUAAAAUAUGGUGAAAAUUCAAAAGUCUAAGAUGAACCAACAAUUGUAUUGAACUUUGUCCAAAAGGAGUUUAGAUUGAGCUUAAAAUGUCCAAAAUUCAUCAGAGUUGUCCGAAAUGAUUCCAAAAAUAUGCCAAAGCUUGUUCGUUUUAAUCAAAUGUGUCUAAAAUGAGUGAAAAAUUUGUCCAAAAAGGGUUAAAAAUGUCAAAACUUCCACAAAGUUUGUCCAAAAUAAUUAGAAAUUUAUCCAAAAAUGACCUGAACAGGAACGAUUAAUGAAGAUGAUCGUCCUGUGAUUUUAAAUCGGCCUAACUGCAUCAACUUGACUCGAAAGUUAUUCCAAACUAACUGAGAUAUGUUAAAAAAAAAAGACUCAAAAUGUCAUUAAAUUUUCCAGAAUUAGUGAAAAAUUGUACAAAAUGAUGACAAAUUUGUCUUAAAUUAUUCAAAAUUUGUUGAAGAUGAGCUAAAAAAAAUCAUCCAAAAUUACUCAAAGCUUGUUGGAAAAGACAAAAAAUGUGUCCAAAGUGAGUUUAAAAUAACUAAAAUGACUCUAAGUUGUCCAUAAUGAUUUAAAAUUUGUAUACAGUGACUUGAAAUGUCUCAGAAGUUAUUCAAUAUUUGUCCAACAUCCAUUCAAAAAAUGUCCAAAACAGCUCCAAAGUGUUGAAAUUUGGAAGGAGUUAGAAAAUUAUAAGUUAGAAAUUGUCUAUAGUAACUCAAAAAAUUUGUUGAAAUGUGUCCAAAAAGACACAAAGUACCUCAACAAUUUCUCAAAAUUGGUCCAAAAUGACUUGAAAUUUGUCCAGUUUUAUUGAAACUUGUCCAACAUUUAACCAGAUUUGUUCAAAAAUUACUCAAACUGUUCAAGUUUACCUAAAAUUCAUCCAAAAAGAUCGAAAAUGGACAAAAAUUACAACAAAUGUGAACAAAAUUAUUGGAAAUUUGUCCAAAAUGUCUCAAAAUUCAUCCAUACUGACGUAAAUGUGUCCUUGUUUGUUGAUAUUUUCCCCAAAAUGACUUUGAAUUGUUUGAAUUCUCCAGAACCUCUUCAUGGCUCCUAAAUACGACGGGCUGUCCCACUGUAAACUGGCGCUGGUGUUUGCGGUUCUGAUGGACCUGCUGGGCGUCACCUUCCUGCUGCUGGGUGUCUUCGCUCCGCUGGAGAUCCGGGGCCAGGACUUCGGGGACCUGCUGGUCUACUCCGGAGCCCUGCUGGUUCUGUUCUCGCUGGCCGGCUGGGUCAUGUGGUACAGCGGCAACAUCGAGGGCCUGACCUCCAGGAAGGAGCUAGGAGGAGCCUUAGGCGGCGCUGUGGACCGACUGGCCCGGUCCCUGAGCCGCAGGAUACGGAUCCCCCGGACCCACAGCAGCCCCACAUAGAACCAGAACCAACCUAGAAGACUCUGAACUGCUGGUACAUGAAGAACUGACCAGAACCACCGAUAUCCUGAAGGAUCUUGAUGACCUCUUCACCACUAUGGACAAUAAGCAGGCCUUCAUAGACCUGGCAAAGGCCUUUGAUUCAGAAGACCGAUUCUCUAACAUCGGCCUGUCCUCAAGAUGCAUUAACUGGUUUGCCAGCUUCCUUAAUAAUCGUUUACAGCGAGUAAAGUCAGAGAACUUUAUGUCAGAACCUCUAAUGGUGUAUCUCAAGGCUCCAUCUUGGGCCCAACUUUGUUUUUCAUCUUCGUAAAUGAUGUGACCAAAAAUGUUGGUGCCUCCCGGAUACACCUUUAUGCUGACGACACCGUUAUAUACUCCACUGGCCCUUCACUUCACUCUGCUGCAUCUACCUUUCAGCUCAGUCACCUGAGCAGAUGGAUCAGAUUUGGAGUUCGUCAACUCCUACAUGUACCUUGGUCUCUAGAAGUCUUCACAGACCCGGCCAAGGCCUUCGAUUCAGUAGACCACACCAUCCUUCUGCAAAUGCUCUAACACUGACCUGUCCUCAAUCUGUAUAAACCGGUUUGCCAACUACCUUAAUAAUCGUUUAUAGCGAGUAAAGUCAGAGAACUUGAUGUCAGAACCUUGAAGGGUGUACCUCAAGGCUCCAUCUUGGGCCCAACUUUGUUUUCCAUCUAAAUAAAUGAUACACCUCGGAUACACCUCUAUGCUGAUGACACCAUUAUUUACUCAACUGGCCAAGAGUCUUCUUGUUGCAUUCGUUUGUGCCUCAAUUCCAAGAAAACAAAAUGUGUGCUAUUCAGCCAGACAAACAGUAUCUCCAGCCCCUCAAAGCUCACUUGUGCAGAUAGAUGAUAGAUGGAUAGAUAAAACCUUUAUUGAUCCUACAGAAAUUUAUGGUUGGCUCAGAUCAGUUCAUCAACACCUACAUGUACUUUGGUCUCUGGCUGGACUCUUCACUUUCGUUCUCUUCUCACAUCAACAUUCUACAGGCUAAAAUCAAAUCCAGACUUGGGAUCCUUCAUGUAAUAAGGCCUCCUUUCCAUGCUCUGCCAAAAUCACUUGUUUUCUGGGCAGAGUACGUAAAGGAUGUUCGAUUAGGGCAAUGUCAUCCGUCUUGCUAGCGGUGCACCUUUCCCCACCCGUUACUGUCACCUUUACAAACUACUCAUCUACCAGAUUAUCAUUGAAGACACCUCAGUACCUGUCCAACCUCCUACACCCUCCCAUAACAACUACCAUCUGAGGUCCAGUGAUCUCAUAGCACUAUCCUCAAGGUCCACACCGUCUUCGGCCAGAAUUCCUUUCACUUUGCUGCAGCGAUCGAUUGGAAUUCCCUCUAAAAAUCUCUCAAACUUUUAGGUCUUGCAUCACUUUACAUGUUGAAGAAGAAGCUGCAGCAGACCCUAGCUGACCGCUGCACAUGCCGAAUGUUUUCAUUGAAUCGCUAGCAUUAAUAUAGUUUUUUUAAACACCUGUGGGUCUUUUUUGUAUGUGUUGUUUAUUUUUGUCUUUCUUCCUGCUGGGGUCUCUCGCCAGGUCAUCAAUGUAAAUGACAAUUUGCUCUCAACUGAUCCUACCUGGCGAAAGAAUGAAAUAAAACCAGGCAGC